AUCCUUGUAGUGGCACAAGGUUGAAGAAUGCAGUUGGACGAAACUUUGUAGGAGGUUAAAGUUAACCUGAAGGGUGGAUCUCAGAGAGAAAAUUCCAAAAGUCACACUACACUUCUCAUCUGCUUUGGGACAGCUGCACACUUGAUCAGAAGGAGCCCAGUGACCAGAGAUGGACCAGAUACAAAGGCUAUUGUUGGUCACUCUAUUCUUCAGCAGUGUGAAAAGUCAAGUCCCUGUAAUAUAUAUUCCUGAAAUUGUGCAGAAUGAUAUACUAGGAAAAAUUACUGCUUCUACCUUCACACUGAAACAACCUGUGUGUGCCUUCAAAGAGAUAACAAAUUGCGGUGACUGUACUCUUUGGGUAGCAGUUGCUACAGAGAAGGGUGCAGUAGAUGCUAUAAAUACUGCAACAGCAAUUUAUCCAAAUUUUCCAAAUACUUCUCCAGUAUUCCUGACUUUGAGCACACCUAUUAACCAGUUCAGCUGUAGUGACAUUACUCCAGGUACUUUUCGAGGCUUACGCGUUGGUGCAGAUACAGCUUGUCAAAAUUCUGCAUCUGUCCUUGACUGCAAUGGGCCUUUACCAAGUAACCCAGGAACAUACAGAGUAAGAUAUUAUCUACAAGCUACAAAUAAUACCUUUGUAGCGAUGACUUCAUGGUCACAGCCAAUUACCCUUAGAAAAGCUAAGUCUUGGGAAGAUAUUGAUACCUGGCCUGGAAAGCGGACUGGUGGCAUGGUUGUUGUUACAACAAUCCUCAUUGUUCUCCUAGCGCUACUCUUGGUUCUGCUGACUGGAAUGCUGGUGUACUCAUGCACUCCUCAUUUCCAAAAAGGAGAAAAUUAUGCUGUACCUCCUGCCCCCACGGGAUCCUUCAGAAUAACGAAAUACAACACUCACAGCAUGUCUGAAACAAAUACACCUGGAGCAGGGCAAGGACAUCAGGCAACAGUACCCUGAACCAAGAACGCCAACGAAACACUUAACUGUGCCUGUAUUUAUGGAGUCUGCUAACUACAGGAAGAUGAAGUGUUACUCUGCACUGAUGUUCCCCAGCAGAUCUUUUACCCAAGCUGCUGUUUUGUUCAAAAUGGACACACUGAAUAAUAUAAGUGAAAUAUUACUGCUUUGUUAGGAUGUGGGGGGGAAUGAAAAUGUAACUAUUUUAAGCCUACCACCAAUAUAGUGCAGUGUAUGGGUUUAUCUAAACAUACUUAAAUUUCUAAAUUUUGGCACCUAAAUUAUUGAUCUUGGGAGUAGCUACUUCUAAGACACUUGAAAUUGAUCCACCUGGCAGUUCAUUGUGGCAGCUCUUCAGUUUAAGACUUGUUUGUACCCCGGUCCUUUCAUUUUAGAACUGGCCAGCUGCAUACUUUAAUUGUUGGACUUGUUUAUGAACUUUACUCUCUCAGCUCAUAGCUAACUACAUUACCAGUUUGUUAAUAUACCAGAUAAGAACGAUUCUGUAUGAGUAACCAUCAUUUUACUAGACAGUAUACACUAGUCACUUAACCUCUGGUACUCUGUCUGUGAUAGGUUAACUCUUUCAAUUUUUUUAUAGUCAAUGUACACAUGAUUGAAUUCUCUAGUUUUUCUACUUAAGUUUUGCCUCUCAAAUUCAUAUAGCCACUAAUGUGUAACACAUUGUUUUUAUAAAUUUUAUUGACAGAUAACAAAUGUUGAUUCUGCCAUUUUAGAAUGCACAGUCCUUACUUAAUAAAUUCUGAGACGUGGCAUUAGCUAGAGAAAUUGAUGUAUUACUCCUUCACAGCAUUUACUACGUGUUCCAACUAUCAAACUAUUUUUGUCUCCUUUGGCAGUAAUAGUGCAAGGCAUGUUACGUUACUGGUGAGACUGUAUUACAGAAGACUGAGUCAGAAGAUAGACAAAUCACCUUUAAUUUGCAUGGCAGGCAUAACAGAAUCCUAAAUGAAGUUCAUUAGCAUAUACUGCAAGUCAAGACAUGAUGGUUUUAGAAUCCCUUCAGCAGUUUAUAGCGCUUUCAAACAUAUAUAUUUUUUUAUUUUGUCAGAGACAGGCCAAUGUAAUAUACAGAAACUGGAUUUGAACUCAGUGAAAUUUCAGAUGGACUAAUAUUGCCAAAUAAAUUUAGAGGGGUAAGCCUCUAUUAUAGGACCAAAAUAGUCUUAGGAGUGAAAUAAGUUCCCCAUCAGUGCCACUGCAUUAUUAGUCUGAUGCCUUACACUGUAUCAUAAAAUUUUGAGCCAUUUUACAUGAAGUCAGACUGCAGUAGAAUACAUUAGUGACCUAAGAAGCAGUGUUAUAAGAAAAACUUGACAAUCACAAAAAAUAUAUAUAUCAGUCUCUGAUUUGGCGCCAAGACAGUAAUAUGUGGAUGCAUCAGGGUGAAUUCAGACUUAAUUUCUCCCUUUUUACUAACAAUAUCAUGGUAUUAUAGUAGUCUUAAAUGUCAUAACUCAGGUGGAAACAUAGGCCAAACAAUGUCUUGGGUUGAUUAAAGAAUUUGGUACUUCUCAAGAUUCUAAAGAUAAUGAAAAAUGACUUUUAUACAAAUAUUUUGAUAAUCUAUUAUUAUUCAGAUCAGUUUGUAUGUUAUAUUGUAAAGUUUCUAGUAUAUAUAUAUCAUUCAGCAUUUGAGAAUAUUAUGUCAUUAAUUGUGGUGGUUUGCUUGACACCCCAUAUAUUACUAUAUUUUUAUGUUUAAAAUUUCUAGGGGCUUCAACAUAUAAAAGCUGCUCUGUGUCAAUAUGAAGGGGCUGUUGCUGACAAUCACUACCAGUGGAGGAUAAAGUUGGCUUAAAACAGCAUCUGUACAUAAAUGUCAUUUCAUGUGAAAAAGCAGCAAUCAUAAAUAAACAUAUAUGUAGUUUUAAAAUGAAAACUGUCUUUCCAAAGAUGUUGUUAUCUACAAUGAUUAUUUAUUAUCUUUAUUUACAUGAAUCACUUCAUUCUGUACCUGUUCUUCUGUUAUUCCUGCUUAGAUAAAAGAAAAGAGAGUAGCAAUAAAUGAUGAACUAAUCAGAUUAAGCAAAUAUAUACUUGCUACAUUUGUCUAAACAGACUUGCUUAUUUGAAUUUGCCAUGGAGUUGUAUUAAACUCCACAGACUAUAGGACAUAAACCUUCAUCUCUAGUGAUGAGAUAUACAUGGCCAAACAGGCAUGCAUGGUCAAUAGCUGGGAUGUGCAACAUAGCAAAAGUCACUGCAUACAUCAUAUAAACUAUUAAAGAAAAAGAAACAAAAAACAAAUGGAGCAAAAAGUCAGAAAAAGCAGAAAUCAAAUGGAGUAAAUGUCAUUGUAAAACGUGAAUGCAUAACAUUUACAUUUUGAACAAUUACAUUGAAAAGGAUUUCAAGCCACACUUUGGCACAGAAUGGGCAACAGUAAUUGAAACAAAAUCCUACAAAGACAAAUUGAAAACACACUUCAUUGCAGCAGAUAUGGCUCUCACAAGUCAGAAAACAUUGACAUCCGAUAAACUCAAUGACCUCAACACCUUACAGGAUGGGAGGUUAACAUAAUGGUUAAGGUGUUUAUCUAACAAACAGAUGAUACAGGGGCUGAUUCCCACUUGUGAAGGGAAUUGGCUGGGCUUAAAAUGUCCCACAAGAGUAGCUAGCCUAGUAUUUAUGUAUGAACAAAUGUUUAAAUAGCCAAACUGCUUAAAAAGCAAAAAUAAAUAAAUAAAUAAAACAGCAAUUUUAGUCAAAUAAACAGUAAAAAAGUUAUAAAAAAUUGUGCCUCCAGGCUCCAGAGAACGGAUAUGUGACUUUGAGGACAGUGGGCCUAAACUAUUAUUUUUGGGAGGUUGGUGGUUGACACAGACAGAAGGUACAGGGUUUAUAUCUCACCUGUGAGGGGAAAAUUGCAAGACUUAAAAUGGCCCACAAAAGCAGCUAGCCUAGUACUUACCUAUGAACCUCCAUCAAGAGUUAGCAUGUUUUAAAGAGAAAUAUCUAGAGUCAGGGUCUGAAAACAGGAGUAGAGGAAAGGGUAGGAAAUAAUUCCCAAGUAUCAGAAAGUUCUCCCACAUGAAAACUUCUGCAGGUUUUAUGAACUAAUAUGGGGGUCCAAGGCUGAAUUACUGAGGAGUAAUCUUAGAAUCCAUCAGUAAAUCACGACAGAGAUUAUCAUCAAAUUUAUUGGUUGCUGAUGAUUUGAUUUUUCAAAUAAAAUUACAGGAUGGAUAAAAAAAUGUCUGGCAUUAAAAAUAUGCAAAUGAAAGAAAAUGGAUAGUCCUUUAUAAUAAUAUGAAUAACAGAAAACACAAAAUUAACCACUACAUACCUUCUGCGAAUUAUGAAAUGUAUAUAAAAUAAAAAAGAAUGGCAUACCAGAUAUGAGUUUUGCUCAAACACCAUGCAAAAUGGUAUUAAACAGAACAAUUUGACAGUGUUGCGUGAAUGUUGCAUUACAGUAUGAUUACACCAAAAUAGAACUGUGUAUUUUCCAGUGGUUGCAAGAAUGUAUAGGCUGAGAAUACAGCCAGGGUUUCAGAAACUCUACCCCAGCUUGUUCAUCAAUGUACGUAUCCUUCAAAAACAGAGUUUCCCCCACCCCAGACACUGCAUGUUUCUGGAGACCAUACUUUAUUAUACAGAUUCUUAUUCACUUGUGGCAGCUCUGCAAAAAAUAAACCUAACAGUCUUCUGAUGUAAGUUGCAUGUGCUAAAAAGGUCAGAAAAAGUAUGUCACACAUCCACGCAAAAUUAAGUUAUUGCAAUCUAGCCAGGUCCACUGAUCCAGGUGGCUGAAUCUAUGUGUAGGUGCUUUUAGGAGCAUGUAUUGCUUACUGCAGCCCCCCCCCAGUCAAGACCACACAUACACAAACACUAUCCUGAAAAUCCAAAUGCAGGACUGUUCAAGUGUGAUCAAUCAAACUGAUAAAAAUAUUGCAGAUUACCUAAACCUUUAACUGGUAUGCCUGGUUAACAUUCUUUUUUCAUUUAUUAUAUUUCCUGAGUAAUGUCAACCAUUGCACACAAACAACUGAGCUUCAAAAAUACUUGAAAGCAUUAAUAAUCUACUGAAAAAUUAAAAUAAAUCCAUAACAUCAAAAAUAAUUAAGAAUCCACUUAAUAGAUUAAAUUUUCUAGCAACUGCAGUGACCUUAUGUUUCACUCCAUUGCAUUCUACUAACCUAGAGCUGGUUGGGUAACCUUAAUGUUUCAUUAACAUGCAUUAUAGAUAGAAAAAAUGAAAUCCAUAAAAUCUGAAAAAAGCCCACUAACAGAUUAAAUACAUACCUGCUAAGUUAGUGACCUGAUAUUUCAUUCUGUUUUAUUCUGCAAACCAAUGCAUCAUGUUAAGUUAGAAUCCAUCUUCUCCUAACAAAUUAAGUCAUUCAUUCACACACAACUAUAACUUAUUUAAUCUUGUAGUCAUAAUUGCUCUUUUCUCACAGGGUAACAAAUGGUUGUGGUAAAAAAAAAAAAAGUGUUUAUCUGGUCAUCUGAUUUGCUUACACUCUAGAUACAAUCCCCACAUCAACUUCCAGCUCCUCUUCAGUUGCCUAGCAACUCGCUGUGCAUGUACUGCACCACCAUUUCUGAGAUCUGCUUAAAAGAUUUGCCUUUUCACUUCCUCAGGGCUGCUCUACCCUGAGAAUCACAAAAGGAAAAUAAAGAAUUGUUGCCUCAAAAAACUUCCGUAUUAUCUCUACAGGGAAUUGCAUCUAAGCUCAUCAAAGCAGAACAUCAGUCUAGAGAAAAUGUUUUUCUCUACAUUCUAGUUAAGCACGCAGCUCUGAAAUUCAUUCAACCCAUUAUAAAUCAUGCAAUUAGCAAUAGGUAUUGCCAUCUGAUGUCCUUUAAUCUCUGAGCCCAGAAAUAUUAUUCUUCUAAUACGUGUCCAUAAAUGUCCCAAGCUACUAUUACUAGAAUUGGGGAAUAGAAUAUUAUAUUCUAUCUUACGUGUGAAGAUGUGAGGAUGCUAAUGUUUGGCUGCAGGAGCUGGUGAAAUUGUUUAUUCUUCUGUACCCAUGCUAUCACAGAGUUGCUUGUUCCUCUGCUUUCAAUCCACAGAACACUGGUUUCUUUACAUUAUCAUUUAAUAAAGACUGGAAUAUGUUAAAAGGGAAACUGGAGAAAAGCUUACCCAAUGAAAUGCAGAAAAUAAG